GCACUUGACAUGAGAGACAAUGAGAGAUACACUUUCAAACCAUGUUUCAAACUUUUUUCAUAAUGAGUUGAGAAAUUAACGAGAAAGUAUUGUUUAAAACAAAAAUUAAAAAAAAUGGUUUGUAUAAAACGCUUAAACAUCCCUGUGGUAGGUACAUAAUACCAAAGGUAUAAAGAGCAAAAAAUGGAUAGCUACUCGAAAUAACAAGCAAAAUCCUCACUCAAUCCUCAAUAAUACGGCGUUAUGAAGUGCCAGAAAGUACCCAAAAACCCUUGCAAAAUAUGUCUUCAGAAAGUCACAAAGAAAAAUGGGCUCCAAUGCAAAGGUGUUUGCCGAACUUGGGCGCAUUUCAAAUGCCUGAAUUACACUCCUGGUAAAAUCCAAGACAUCAAGGCUGGGGUCAUUAAAGUCAUUUGCCCAUGCCCGAAUUGUGAAACUAAUGAACCUAAAGAGAUUGUAACUAAUCCACGAUUUUCGUGCUCAAGCUUGGAAUGUCCGGCGAAUUUACCACCACCUUGUGAGACAAUGGAAUAUGCGAGUAAGGCAAAUCCAAUACCUUAUGGCAUGUAUGGUUCUAAUACGUCAUGCAAGUCAAGUCAGUCCCCAAAUUUUAAGUCCCCACCAAGUCCCAAAUAUAAACGGUCUCAAGCCGAUUAUUCACAAAACACCAGGCAAGGUUCGUCGACGAAUCAAAGCGUGAAAAUAGCUGAUGAAUGCUCUUGCUCCCAAUUGAUUGCAGCCAAUCAGUCGAGGCAGUGUGUGGAAGAAAGCACGCAAGAUGUGCCGAAGAAUCUAAGCGCGAAAAUAGAUGAAUGCCCUUGUUCUCGAUUGAUUGCAGCCAAUCAGUCGCAAUCCUAUUCAGAUGUAUCGAGAAGUAGGUACCGAUUCUAUAAGUAAGCAACGAAAAAUGCGACCAUCCUCAUCAGAUUUCAAAGUACCGUGUGCUGGUAGUGAAAAGAACCAGAAGAUGCUGUAUUCAAACAUCCAGAGCUUGUGCAACACUGUUAAUCACCUCUCCAAACAGUUAAGAGAUCUUAUGUGCAAGUUAGAAAAAUGUAAUAAAUAAAACAUCACAGAAU